AUGGAGACCGCCACAGAGACGAACCCCAACUGGCUCUACUUGCAGGAGGUGACCGCCAAGCUGCGCCAGACUGAGAAACAGGCCGAGACAAUCAAGGAAAAUCUUCGACAGCUCAACAGCGCGUGGGCUGCCAGACCACAACUACAUCACAUACACAGGCCACGUGAAGAGCAGCCUGACGCGGUUUCCAGUCAGGUUGAGCGAAAGGCGCGUGACUUGUCCGACUGGCCGCUUCUCCUGAAGAAGGAAGCGGGCAUCAGAAGGCAUCUCAUGGCCUGUUUGGGCCCUUCUUGCCGGGGCUUGCGUCUGUGUGGAAAAGGCUUCAGACCUUCCACGCCGGCGGGGGAAGCGCGGAAGGCUUACCAAGACCAGCCCCAAGCUGCGGAGCCUGCGGAACGGGCCAAGCCGGCACAAGCCCCGGCUCAGACGACACCUGCAGCGAACGCGCAGGUACAUUCCUUUACCCCAGCAGUGGCACAACUUUCGGACAAGGUGCAGGUCCAACAGCCGAUGUGUCUGCAGCAGACGGAGCAUCGACAGGUGCAGCAACAGCUGCUCCCAAAGCAACAGCAGCAACCGCAAUACUUCCAACAUCACUACCAGUUGCACCGCACGCAGCCUGGGUGCGAGUAUCAGAUUCAGCGCCAGGUGCAGCGUGAGUAUGGCGCGGCGAUGCAGAGAUGCAUGCCUGACAUGGGCAUAUCGCAGCAGCCUGGUCCACUCGAUGCCCUUCCCAUUCAGAAGGCACAGGAUUUCGGAUCGACGGCUCACCAGCAGAUGGAAGGAGUGACCGCCAAGUUGUGCCAGAUUGAGAAACAGGCCGAGACAAUCAAGGAGGUGACUGCCAAGCUGCGCCAGACUGAGAAGCAGGCCGAGACAAUCAAGGACACGACAAUCUUCGACAGCUCAACAGCGCGUGGGCUGCCAGACCACAACUACACAUACACAGGCCACGUGAAGAACAGCCUGACGUGGUUUCCAGUCAGGCCGGAGCUUCCAGAGGAGCCAUGUCUGGAGAGGCACACGGCCGUGGAUGACGCACAUGAACUUCCGCAGCUGAUCCGGGUGCGUGCCGAUCGACAAGACGUGAGAGAUACGCCCAGGCAGCAAGACACACUGACAACGCUGCCUGAGCAUCUACCACGAGACCUCACGCAGAAGUACAAGUUUAUCGACGCCCACAGCUUGGGUUCAGGUGCCGUCGCGAGAGUUUGUCGGAUGCAAGAGCUGGAAACGGGUCGGCAUGUGGCGGUGAAGGUUGUUGAGAAGUAUCCCCUCAAGAUCCGCAACAUGAUCACGCAGAUGGAGCGUGAAAUACGGGUCCACAAGAGACUGCGCCAUCCCAACAUCCUACACCUCCAUGCCUGCUUCGAGGACAGCACCCAUUGGUACAUGGUGCUGGAGCUCGCAAGUCGUUUGGUGAACCUCCUGCUUCGCUUCCCCUGGAAGCGGCUUCGAGAGCCUCAGGCGGGAUGGCUCUUCGGCCAGGUUGUCGAUGGCGUGUCGCACCUUCACCAGAACGGCUGCGUCCACAGAGAUUUGAAGCCCGACAAUGUCCUCAUGGUCGAAGACUGCCCGAAGAUUUGUGACUUCGGAUGGUGCGCAGAGCUCAACGAAGGCCAGCGAAGGACGUUUUGCGGCACCUUCGACUACAUGGCUCCAGAGGUCAUUUUCGGCGAGGGCCACGGGUCCGAAGCGGAUGUUUGGAGUCUGGGCAUUACCCUCUAUGAGCUCCUGGCCGGUGGGACGCCUUUCGCAAGCCAGAGUGCUGCAGGCGGACGUGCCUCCACAAGCGAAACAUUCCAGGAGCGCAUCCACAAGGUCGAUUAUAUCCUUCCGAAUUGGUUUUCCAGUGAGGUGUGCCACCUCGUGAAUUGCAUGCUUCAAAGAUAUCCUCACCAACGCUACACCGCCAGCAAGGUCCUCGAGCACAAAUGGUUGGCGACAUUUUUCCUGAAGCCGAAGCAGGCUGGCGCACGGCCGCCAAGCCUCGAGCCGACACCGGAGCUGCCCUCGCCAGUCCCUACGCAAAUCUGGCCGGUGUCAGCUGCUGUGCCUCCGCACGCAGGCCUACCCAAGAGCUUAUCUCGACCUGAGCUGGGGAUCCACCCUGGCGCCUGCAGAGCGCACUAUGAGAUUCGGGCCGCCCCAUGUCCGGGACGACAGCCGUCACCAAUCGCGGAAGGUCACAGACGUCCGCAGGCCCACUUCGCUCAGCGAAGCGGCGGUGCUGUGAGCAGUGGAAGAGCCCCGUAUCCUGCACACGGCGCCGGGAUUACCGUUGCAGCAGGGCCUUUUCCAACGCCAGCUCCGGGUUCGCCGAUCAUUGCCGGCCGGCCGGUGCGCAAGGUGGCGGCGCCGCACGUGCGCUGUCGAGUUUGA